AAUGGCUACAUUCGGCUUUCUCAGCGCACCGCUGAAAUCGACUAAUGAAGUGGAUCUUGUGAAGCCACUUACAAGCUAUAUCGACAAUGUCUACAAUACAUCCGAUAAUAACCGCUCAGAUGUCGCCGAAGCUGUUCAGGAACUUAAUAAACUCCGUUCAAAAGCUUGCUGUCAGCCUCUCGACAAGCAUCAAAGUGCUCUCGAUGUUUUGACUAGAUAUUAUGAUCAACUCGUUGCCAUUGAAAACAAAAUUAUAAUCUCUGCAACUCAAAAUCCAGUUGUUUUCAAAUGGAAGGAUGCAUUCGACAAAGGAAGCCUCUUCUCAAGCAGAGCAUCCUUAUCCCUGUCUGACGGAUCCUUUGAACGUGCUGCCGUUCUGUUCAAUAUCGGAUCGUUGAUGUCUCAAAUCGGAGCUGCUCAACAAUUCCAUACCGAUGAUGAAAUUAAAGUAUCUGCAAAACUAUUCCAACAAUCUGCUGGAGUAUUCGCCCGUCUUCGUGAUGUUGUUCUCGGAAUGGUUCAACAGGAACCAACUCCUGAUCUCAUGCCAGAUACACUUGCUGCUCUUUCUGCAUUAAUGACUGCUCAGGCACAAGAGGCGAUCUAUAUUAAAGGCCACAAGGAUAAGAUGAAGGCUACAUCAAUGGUCAAAAUAUCUGCUCAAGUUGCCGAAUUUUACUCGGAAGCACAAAAAAUGAUGUCUAAGGAUAUUGUUCGAGGGCUAUGGGACAAAGAUUGGAGUGCCAUCGUUAGUGGAAAAAAUCUCGCCUACCAAGCACUCGCCCAGUAUCAUCAAUCAGAAGUGUGCGGUGAGGCUCGUCAAAUAGGAGAACAGCUUUCUCGGCUUGCUGAGUCGUUGAAAUUAUUCGACACUGCUCAAAAAUAUCUUCCAAGAGAUAUUACUGGAAUUUGGGAUAUUUAUCCAUCUGUCAGCAAAGCUCAUGCUGCUGCUAAGAAGGAUAACGAUUUUAUAUACCAUGAAAAAGUUUCCGAUUUCCGUACACUUCCAACACUACCAAAAGCCGUUCUUGCCAAACCUACUCCAAUGCAGACUCCAAUGACUCCAAGCUUCAGAGAUAUGUUCGCUGUUCUUGUCCCAGUUCAAGUUCACAAUGCAAUGCAAUCAUAUGACGCAAGAAAAGCUGAACUUGUUAAUAUGGAGACUGUUAGAAUGCGUGAGGCUACUCAGCUUAUGAAUGGAGUUCUGGCAUCUUUGAAUCUUCCAGCGGCCCUUGAUGAUGUAACUUCCACUGAAACAUUACCAGAAUCUCUUAAACUGAAAUCGGCAAAAUUGAAGCAAAAUGGUGGAAGUUCUGAGAUUAUGCGUCUUUUCUCUGAACUUCCAACUCUUUAUCAACGUAAUGAGGAUAUUCUCACUGAAACUAGUCGAAUUUUGAAUGAAGAAAAGGAGAGUGACGAUACAAUGAGAAAACAGCUUGGAACGAAGUGGACCCGAAUGUCCAGUGAACAGCUAACUGGGCCACUCGUUACUGAAAUUGGAAAAUAUCGAGGAAUCUUGCAUACAGCUUCGAAUGCUGAUAAAAUGGUCAAGGAGAAGUUUGAGUCUCAUCGUCAAGGAAUCGAGCUUUUAUCAAAAAAUGAAUCAGAACUCCGAUCUUCAAUUCCAGGCCAGACUGCUCAUGCAACUGGUGAAACUGAUACAGUCCGUCAAUUGAGACAAUUUAUGAGCCAAUGGAAUGAGGUUACUACAGACAGAGAACUUCUUGAAAAAGAACUGAAAAAUACGAACUGUGAUAUUGCAAAUGAUUUCUUGAAAGCAAUGGCUGAGAAUCAACUGAUCAACGAGGAGCAUAUUUCAAAAGAGAAAAUAGCUCAAAUCUUUGGAGACUUGAAACGACGUGUUCAAUCUUCAUUAGAUACACAGGAAACACUGAUGAAUCAGAUUCAAGCUGCAAACAAUACUUUCACCGGAGAAAAGACUGGAUCGAGCACCGGUGCCGAACGUGAGCGUAUUUUGAAGAUGUUGGCUCAAGCUUCGGAUGCUUACGUUGAGUUGAAAGCUAAUUUGGAGGAAGGAACUAAAUUCUACAACGAUCUCACCCCAAUUCUUGUCCGACUUCAACAGAAAGUCAGUGAUUUUGCGUUUGCUCGGCAAACUGAAAAGGAGGAUUUGAUGAGACAACUUCAGUUGAGCAUUGUUUCAGGUCAAGCUGCGAAAGCUGUUGUUGAUGGUGUAAAUUCGCUCGUUUCUUCAUAUCUUACAGGCGGAACCAACGCAGCUCAAUCACCAGCAAAUGCUCCACCAAGACCACCUCCACCACGUCCAGCUGCUCCAAGUGUAGAAUCUCCAAUUCCACCACCAAGAACUCAACAAUCAAUGCAAGCCACUCCUGGUGCACCACCACAGUAUAAUCCGUAUCAGCAGCAGCAACAACCACAAAUGCAACAAUUCCAACAGCAUCCUGGAUAUUAUCAACAGCCAAUGCCAUACGGCCAACCGCAACCAAUGUUCCAACCACAGUACCAACCGACAUUUGCGGCUCCUUAUCCAACAUUCCCUGGCGCCUUUCCUUCAUACCAACAACAAUGGCCUCAACAGCAACAGCAAGGAGGAUUUCCACCAAAUCCACAAUUUGGACAACAAAAUCAGCAGCAAGGAGGUGGUGGUGGCGCCAAUCCAUUCCAAUAGACAAUCAUCUUGCAUCCCCUGUAGAUACUCCAUGUAUACUCCCAAGUGUUUCUACCAAUCUGUUUCCUUUUUGUCUUAUUUGGAUUAUACGUGUCACCAUUCUUUUUUUUCGUAAUUUCCAUUGUCCCAUCUGUUUUUUUUUCGUAGCGAUAAUAUAAUUUUAAGAUA